GGUCGAGUCCCGAGUCCCACCUGUGUCCUCACAGCCCUGUCACGAAUCCCCGGCGCGCCCCAGGAGGAUCGCCUCGGCGGCGAGGGCCCGGGGCGGCCCGGCGGUGGUGGACGCUCACUUCCUGCUCCUUCCCCGGCCGGGCCCUGGGGCGCAAUUGAUGACCCUCAAUGAUGUGGCUGGGGACUUGCGGGAAGAGUGGGUUACCUGGACGCUGCUUAGAGAAUCCUCUUCAGGGAUACCACCCAGCACAGUUAGCAGAAUGGGCUCUCAAAGGGAUUUCCAAACCAAGUGUAACCUCCGUGGGGCAGGAAGAGGAGCCAUGGGUCCUGCCACUCCACAGUUUGGAGGCAAGGAAGGUCCUAAGGGCAGAUCACACAGACUUUGAAAAUCAGGUGGCAAAACUCAACCAGGCCAUUUCUAAAGCAGCAGGACAGUGCGCAGUAUCCUCAGAAAGGGCCAAUGAAGAUGUUUCUCAUACUCCUAGUUGGGGAGGAAACUGGGAGAGAAACUUUGAAUUCAAAGGGCAAUGUGGAACCCUUCCAGGAGAGGGCCAACAGAAGCCCUUUUCACAGGAGCAGCAUUUAAACAAGCUCCUGGAUGGAUAUGUAAGAAAGAAGCCUGUGUGUGCAGAAUGUGGGAGAAGCUUUAACCAGAGCUCCUAUCUCAUAAGACACCUAAGAACCCACACUGGUGAGAGGCCGUAUAAAUGCUUCGAGUGUGGGAAAGGCUUCAAACAGAGUUCAGACCUCGUCACCCAUCGCAGAACACACACAGGAGAGAAACCCUACCAGUGCAGUGGGUGUGAGAAAAAAUUCAGUGACAGCUCGACCCUCAUUAAACACCAGAGAACCCACACAGGUGAGAGACCCUAUAGGUGCCCAGAGUGUGGGAAGACUUUCGGGCGGAAGCCACACCUCAUAAUGCACCAGAGAACCCACACGGGAGAGAAGCCCUACACGUGCCUCGAAUGCCAUAAAAGCUUUAGUCGAAGCUCAAAUCUCAUCACCCAUCAGAGGACCCAUACGGGAGUGAAACCUUACGGGUGUAACGACUGUGGGGAGAGCUUCAGCCAGAGCUCGGAUCUGAUGAAGCACCAGCGAACCCACACGGGAGAGCGGCCCUUUGCCUGCCCGGAGUGUGGGAAGGGCUUUCGAGAUAGUUCUCAUUUUGUAGCUCACAUGAGUACUCACUCAGGAGAAAGGCCUUACAGUUGUCCUUACUGCCACAAAACUUUCAGUCAGAGCUCACAUCUGGUCACGCACCAGAGGACACACACAGGGGAGAGGCCUUUUAAGUGUGACAGCUGUGGGAAAGGAUUCGCCGACAGCUCGGCCCUUAUUAAGCACCAACGGAUCCACACGGGAGAAAGACCCUAUAAAUGUGGUGAAUGUGGGAAGAGCUUCAACCAGAGCUCCCAUUUCAUUACCCAUCAACGAAUCCACUUAGGGGACAGACCUUAUUGCUGUCCCGAGUGUGGCAAAACCUUCAAUCAGCGUUCCCAUUUUCUCACACACCAGAGAACACAUACGGGAGAAAAACCUUUUCACUGUAGUAAAUGUGACAAGAGCUUCCGUCAGAAAGCACACCUUUUAUGCCACCAAAACACCCACUUGGUCUAGGAAAUGGGCUCAUGGCUCUGCUGCUCCUUCCAAAUUUCCACGGCUGUCGUCUUCAAGUAUGUCUUCAAAUAGAGAUGAUCUGAACGUGGGUGUCAGCAGCUCAAGUUGGGCCUCAAUCUGUUCUGUUUCCACGCUCUAAUGGGGAGGAUACACCUAUAGUGUCCAAAUAACACGCUGAACAAAAAAGGC